AUGGAUGGGGGGAAUGCCCAAGGUGAAUACUUUACAGUAGACAUUCAUGACAUCCACAAACAGGUCAAGGAGAUACUUGAGAAGAAUGUGGACAAGUAUAAGAAGAAGGCAGACUUGAAGAAGAGAGAUGUACAAUUCAAGGUGGGUGAUUUAGUAUUCACACAUUUGAGGAAGGAGAGAUUGCCAAAGGGAAAGUAUACAAAGUUGAUGAUGAAGAAGAUAGGGAUAUGUAAAGUGGUUCACAAGUAUGGCAAUAAUGCUUAUGACAUUGAACUCCCACUGGGGGUUGCUAUCUCACCUAUAUUCAAUGUAGCAGAUUUGUAUCCCUCUAAGGAGUUUGAUUUUGCAAGUCAAGGAGAAGAAGGAGCUGAAAGUGCUGAUAUGGAAUGGGUCAAGGACCUUCCACCUACUCAGCCUAUGCAACUUGAAGCCAUUUUGGACUCAAGAGAAGUGAAGAGGAAAAGGAAGAAAGUUUAUAAGGAGCACCUAAUCAAGUGGCUAGGACUACCAAAUGAAGAUGUCACCUGCAUGUCAGAGGAGGAUAUAACACAACAUAGGGUCUCAGUUGCAGAUCUCAUUUCAUCAGGAGCAUGA